GAACGUGAUCGGUGGCGGCCUACUUCCGGUUGCGGCCUACUUCCGGUGGCGGCCUACUUCCGUUUGGGGCCUACUUCCGGAGCGCGAAGUUUGAGGGCUGAGCCCUCAGGAUUGUCCUUGUGUGAGGCCAACCCUGUGGUCAGCCCUGCCCUCAGGCUUCAUGGAGGAAGAACAUAACAGCAAUGAAAAGGAAAACGUCCUGUGUGGAAGAUCUCUCCCUGCUGCCUCUCAGGAUGGAGAAGGACGAAUGUCUGUGGUCUCACUUGCACAGGGGAAGGUGGAAGGAGGGAAAGUGUAUUCGGGAAAUGGGGUGUUAGGUUAUCUGGAAAUGCUGGAGGCGCAGGCUCACGAGUUAGGCCUGAAGCAAGAAGAGAAGGAGCAGCAAGAAAAGAAGCUCGCCACAUUGAAAGCCAGAGUGCAAGAGCUGAGAGCCCGGAGGGAUGAACUGCGGGUUAAAGUGGAGCUGCAGGAAAAGAGGCUUCUUGACAAGAAAGGAGUCGUGACAGCUCCAACGCAGCCCAGUCCUCAGUCUGUUUUGGAGUGGAAACUGAAGAGCAUUAAGGCCAUGCUGCAGGUCUUUUACCUCACAGGAAUCAGUGGGAAACUGACCAAGCAGGGAGUGUGUUUCUGCAUCAGCACUGCUUAUGAAGGCACCUACUUUGAUUCCUAUUACGUGGACCUCCUCAUCAAGCCAGAGGUGCAGAUUCAACGCCACUCUGUCCCAGUCUUCAUCCCCCUGGAGCAGAUAGCCAAGAAGUACCUGCAGACAGACAUCAGGCGCUUCCUGUCCGUCCUGUCAGACCACCUGAAUGCUUAUGUUGGGCGGAGGCACCAGGCAGACCAGCUGGAGGAGCACUUUUCAGACUGCAUAGAAGGAACUUUGCAGAGGAACUCUUUGUGUAACUUGCUGGUCUUUAAUUACGCCGUGUCAAGUAACAGCAAGACCUUUCCAUUCAACGUGAGACUGCUUUAUGGAGACCUCUGUAGCAGCCUCCCUACUGAAGCUAUCAUUUCUUGUACACCCGGCACUCUUCCAUUGCUAGCAGAGAUGGCAGCAGCUCACUCAAACGCAUUUCGACACAUGGCUCUGCACAAAGCCUUUGGCUCGCUCAUCAAUGCUAAAGAAAGCCAGGACUGAGCACCGUAAGCUACCUCAGCUCUCCUCAGUAACGUGCCUCUUCUGACUUCUUCUGCCCAUGGGGAGUGCUCUCAAAAUGCAAAUAUUUGCCAUGGACUGCAGCACUGCUGCCAGGAGCCCCCCAGAGGAGCAAUUGGCCCAGUUUGAAUCUUGAGAGCAAUAUUUCCUUGAUGAUUUUGGGUGUCUAUUGCAGGUAAUCUUUCCUCAGCACUCUGCUUCUCGCUUGUCAUUUAAUUCCUGCUCAUGAUUCAUCACUGUGUUUGGUGCCCAAGAGCUCCUCAGUUAUGGAGAUUGUCUCACAAUUAGAAGAAGCUAUAUUAAAACUUCAGCAGCUCAGAAAACCUUUUGGAACAAGAACACUACAGCUCACCGCUGCACGUAUCCAGGCAGCAGAACUCAGACAGCAGGGAGCAAGUGGAGUAAUCUGUGCCCUCCUUAUAACAGCCAGGAAAGGACUUCAGGUUAGAAACUGGUACAUGCUGGAGGACAACUGGGAUUGUUAUGGCAGCCACCGAACCUUCCCUGGAUAGAGGUGAGGUUUAAUUUUGCCAGCAGCAGUCUGUGCCCUCACGUGGGCUGCAUUAACUGUCCCCCAGCUCAUUAGUACUGAGUUUUCCAGAAGAUUUCACACCAGCGAUGGCUUUGGACCUCCUGUUUUCUUCCUGUCAUGGCAGAACUUUCCUGGCAUCCUGUCUUUGUGCUUCCAGGUUUGGAUCAGAUCGGAAAAGCUUGCUGUACUUUUAUGAGCACUCUUUCAGUGUGUUAAUUUCAGUAGCAUAGAACUUCUACAGUGGUAUUUUAAAGAAUCUCCUUCUGUUGAUUUUUUUCUAGACUUAUAGCACAUGGUUGGGACAACA